AUGUUUGGUGCUUUGGCUUGUUUACCCCAGCAUAUCGCCAAGAAAAUUAAACGUACGGGCCAAUUUGAAAAAGGCAAACAGAAAAGAAUAAAAGUUGAAAGUGGCUGGCGGAUUGUUUUGCUCGGCAUGCCUUUAGAGGGAGAAUUGUUUGAGUCGUUUGGUUUGGCGAAGAGCAUCCAAUUUGCUUUUCUUCAUGGUUAUGUUGACAUCUUUAUAGGAGUCUCUUCUCCUUUCUGCUUUAACGCAGGGGCCGUAGGAGCCAGCGGGUUGUGGUUGGCUUGGGGCGGGGUGGACCCUGAGAAGAAGCGGGUGGGGUGCGUCGUCGAUUGCUGUCUCGGAGACGUAGUGGAGGUAAAAGUGUUGACCCUAUCGUUAGAUGGAGACUUGUGA